UCCUAAUCUAUUCAACAUAAUGUCCUCAUUUUCCCUAAUCGAUCAAGAACUGCACUAAUGGUGUAAACUGUAAACAUCCUGUCGCCAUUUUUACACAGCUUUUCCGGCCCCCCAUAUCUAUAUUAUCAGUAUACCUCAUUUGAUCUCUUUCUCUGUAUCUAUCUGAAAUGGAGAAUAUGGUUCCGGUGAGGUUCAAGAGGGUGGCGGAAGCCUUCGACGAGGCGGUUCUCACAAUAAAGUCACGGCCUCCAUGCGGCAGCAGCGGCAGCGAGCACUCUGCCGCCGCCGCCGAAAGCUUGACGGAUGUGGAUUUUUCCGGCCUCGUGAAUUCGUUCAUGUGGGAGGGGCGAGUUGACUGGGCCGAUGAAGGCGCCCGGGACGACGAGGAUCGGCCGGAAGACCAGAGUUUCUGCGACGACGUCGGGGAAGCUAAGGAUGCUUUGGAGGGGCUGUUAAGGUACGAGGACGGAGAGAAUGGCGUAAGACAGAGGAGGUUGUUUGAGGAAGUGGAAAUUGCCCGCCGGCAGGAAUCCGGGGAUCUUUCUUCGCCGGAGUUUAAACGAAGGUUGAUGGCCCGGUUGCGCGUUCAGGGCUGGGAUGCCGGUCUGUGCAAAACAAGGUGGGAGAAGAAGGAGGGCUGCCCUAACAAGGGAGAUUACGAAUACAUAGACGUAAACAUGAACGGAGAACGUCACAUUAUAGAAGUAGACCUGAGAAGGGAGCUGGAAAUCGUGAGGCCGACAGCGGGAUACAGUUCGUUGCUGGAAGUGUUGCCCGAUGUGUACGCGGGGAAGACGGAUGAGCUGAAGAAGAUUGUAAGGAUAAUGAGCAAUGAGAUAAAGAGAUCAAUGAGGAAAAUGGGGAUUCAUGUUCCUCCAUGGAGAAGGCAUUCAUACAUGCAAGCCAAAUGGUUUAGCUCUUACAAGCGUACAACCAAUGGGAUCUCAGCAGCUGAUCACAUAAAGGACUCUUCUUCUUCUACUUCUUCAAGAAGGGUUGGAUUCUCCACAAGGCCAGAAGUUUCAUUCAAGUGCAGAGAGGACUUUGGGAUGAGGAAUAAUGGUUUCAGAGUUGGGAAUUUAUCUGCUGCUUUGAGUGGGGGCUAAUUAAGCUAGCUUCCCUACUCAUUCAAUUGGUUUGGCCCUUUUACUUGAAUGAUGAAAAAUGUGUAUAAAUAAUAAGAAUUUUGCUUUCUUAAGGAAUUUUUUGUGUAAUAAUAUAAUACGGAGUAUUCAAUCUAGCUGGAUAGAGAAAUAAUUAAGUUCUGAUGCUUUUAAAAGCAUCAAUUAUCCUUGCAUUGUAGUUUCUCUUUAAAGUGUACAUUAUAUAUGUUGGAAAAAUUGGGAGUAUUUCAAAUGAAUAAAGCAUUAUU